GCCGCAAACAACAAAAACAUAUUUAGUGGGUCUUGUCACGAUACCGCAUUUUGAACUCAGAUCUCACAAUUUGUACCUAACCUAACCUUUUCAACGCCUUGUAUUCCCUACCUAAAUGUAUUCCAUUUGUAAUUACAGCAAACGCCACGCCACGUAGGCUCUAUAAAAAAGCGCUAUGUCCGGUCAUUUUCGCCAAAGUACUGGAAGCGGGUCGUUUUCGAGGUCGAGGUUAAGACAUAGGUUACCUCAUUCCGUGCCUCGCUACAAAAGUCGACCCAGCCUUCUUACAACUUCCUGACUGGUUCCGAGGAUGUGCAAACUUCCCACAAUGCCAGACCUUCGUCGAGACAGAGCCAUGCCGGCGCAGAAUCCCUCCGCGUUUCCUCGCGCGAGAGUUCCAAGGAGAAUCUCGCGCCACCCGAUGCCGAGGAGUACGAAACCCAGCGAAAGAAAAUCGAAGAGCUGAAGGCUGAGCUCGCCACGAUGCGCUUUAAAGUUGAAAACUACGAACAAGAGAAGGAGAUGAUAGCUCUACAACAUGACAACGAAAUGCGAGAUGUACGACGGAAAGCCGAAGAUGACUUUAAGCAAAAACAAGCCGCCGAAGGUGACAAGAAUAAGGCACAGCGCCAAUACGAAACUAUGCAGAAAGAAUUGCAGGAACUGAAGGAAAGUUCUGCCAAUGAAAAGCUCGAAGUCGAGAAGAAGGCCCGAGAUGCGCAAGAUGAAGUGCGUUUGUUAAGAGAGCAAUUGGAGGACUUAUCAGCUGCUAAAGAGGAAGGAGAAAGAAUGGCUCAGAAAAGAGUAAAUGAUAUGGAGACCCAACUGUCGAAUCUUCGACAAGUAAUUCAGGGUCUAGAACACGACAACGAGACCCGUGAAUCAACCAUGCAAGCUGUACAGCAGCAGCUUGCAGAUAAGGACAGACUUAUUGGCGAUCUGGAAGCUGACGUAUUGCGCUUAAAGGCGCAAACCGGCGACGCUGAAACUAUCGCUAUCAUCCGGCGCGAACUCACUGAACAAGUCCAACAUAUCAGGUCACUCGAGUCCAAGAAUACUAAACAGCAUGCGGAAUUAACACACUUAAGGCAAAUACAUAAGGCUGUAGAAGUUGUGGAAGAAGAGAAGCGGUCGCUCCAACGACGGCUUGAGGCUGCUGAGGCUCUUGAACCCCAACUUAACGAAGCCCGACUUCAGAGGCAGAGAUUGGAGGAUGAACGUCUGGCGUGGACCGCUUACCUUCAAAAUGCUAGCGCGGAUGGUGGACUUAUGGAGUUCGACUCUCCCGAGGCGGUCGCACGCGCGCUCGUAGAGGAGCGAUACAACUCAGCUUCUCUUAUUGAAAAGCUUGGUGAGAUACAACCUCAGAUCACAGAACGUGAUGAGAUUAUCAAGGCUCUAGAAAGCGAAAAGAAAAACUUGAACGCGCAAAUAGAAAAACUAAAGACUACUACUGCCCCCGUAUCGGCAGGCAAGGCACAGGCUCGCAUAGAGCGCCAGCGUGCCUUAGCUAUCAAAGAAGUCGAAUACUUGCGCGCUCAGCUCAAGGCCUUUGAUACGGAAGACGAAACCUUCAAUGCUGAGAAUUUCGACCAGAGCAAGGCCGAUCGUAUCUUGGAGCUGGAGAAGUUAGUUGAUAAGUAUAAGGAGGAGGUACAGGCCUUGCACAAUGAACUCUCCGCCUUAGAAUCAUCUGGUGUCACGGCGCCCGUUUCUACUGGAUCUAAACGCAACCAUUCCGAUGAGGCCGAGAGCGAGCAGCUCGGCGAACUCAACAGAAAACGCAGAAAGCUAGCAGACGAACUUUCUAAACUACAAACACAAUACCAGGUCCUUCAGAAAGAACACGAGGUUCUUAAAUCUCGUCUUGCAGCCGCUGAAUCAACCAACAAAAUCCGCGUACUGUCUCUGCGUUCUAACCCCACUUCCGACUUCGAAGCGAUUAAAACCGCCACGCUCCAAGCCCUCAAGCAGGAGAACAAGGAAUUAUUGGCGCAACUGCAGAAAGAAGCUCGUCGUAACCCUAACCCGAACAUCCCCCUGAUUCCUGCAUCACAACUAGCCGCCGCGCGUCGAGAAAUCGAAGAAGCGCAGCGUGAGACGGCGUCGGCGCAGAAGACGACGCGGCGUCUAAAAGAGGUGUGGGCGGCGAAGUCGCAGGAGUUCAAGGAGGCUAUCUUCAGCACGCUCGGCUGGACGGUGACGUUCAUCCCCAACGGCAAGAUGCGCGUGGAGAGCUUAUACUGCCCCAGCGUCACCGACGAGCAGGAGAACAGCAUCGUCUUCGAUGGCGAGCGCGGCACCAUGAAGGUCGCCGGCGGGCCUCAGAGCCCCUUCGCCCGCCGCAUCCAGGACCAGAUCCAGUUCUGGGUGCGCGAUAAGGGCUGCAUCCCGGGCUUCCUGGCCGCGCUCACGCUCGAGUUUUACGAGGAGCAAUCUAGGGCCGGGUCAGUAGUCCAAUGAUCCAUUCUAAUGAUAACUCAAGUUGAGGGUGGGUGGUCUGUACAUACCGGCGAAGGACGAGCACGAUACUUGGGUGCUGCCGAGUUGGAAUUACGCGUGAUGUUUCUUAACAGCA